CAUUGGUCGCCAAGCGCGCGUUAAGGAAAAAUCGGACGCUGACUGAGGGAAUCCAGUCUGAAGUUACGUUCUCCGUCAAAACCGUUAAAGAAGAGACAAUGGCUUCAAAGUGCCCUAAAUGCGAAAAGACGGUGUAUUUUGCUGAGAAAGUGUCAUCACUAGGGAAGGACUGGCACAAGUUCUGUUUGAAGUGUGAGCGCUGCAGUAAGACCCUGACAGCGGGCGGUCAUGCUGAGCAUGAUGGGAAGCCAUAUUGCCACAAGCCAUGCUAUGCUGCCCUCUUUGGGCCAAAAGGUGUGAACAUUGGAGGUGCAGGCUCAUAUGUGUAUGAGACUCCCGCCAACUCUAACUCACCCACAUCCAAUUUGGACUCUGCACCUAAACCUCAGGAGAAGUGGGUUCCAGCAGCUUCCAGGCCACCUUCUAAAGCUGGAAGCAUCACCACCUUCUCUGGAGAAGCCAAUUUGUGUCCCAGAUGCAACAAGAAAGUCUAUUUUGCUGAGAAGGUGACGUCACUGGGGAAGGACUGGCAUCGGCCGUGCCUGCGCUGUGAAAGGUGCAGUAAGACCCUGACAGCAGGCAGCCAUGCAGAGCACGAUGGGAAGCCCUACUGCCAUAAACCAUGUUACGCUGUCCUCUUUGGCCCAAAAGGUGUAAACACUGGUGGUGUUGGCAGUUACAUCUAUGACAAAGAGCCCAACACGGAGGCUCAGCCUUGAUUUUCAGUCCAUUGGAAAUCCUCAACCACAACUUCACUAUAAUCACAGCCAUUACCAGUACCUCACGCACUUUUAUAUAUUCCCUGCCUCUUGCCUUAUUAUGGAUAACUUGUGCCUGCUUGGAUGUUUCUGCAGAAAAGUGAUGCCCAAACAUGCCUUGCUCCUUGAACUCCAAAUGUACCCCUUAAAGUCCCUUUGCCUUUUUUAUUGGCCUACUUGAUGGUCCUUUACUCACCCAAAUGUUCCCCACAGGAGGACAGUUUGACUGUUAUAAUAUACAGUGGCCCCAAAAAGUAUUUGGACACUUAAGUCACACUUAAAUGUAUGAAUGUCUUUGCAUUAGAUAACAAAAUAUCAAAACAAUUAUUUUAAAUAAAUAUAGUGCAAACCUACUUUCAAGAAAAGCAUUUCACAAAAAGAAGAUUGUUAGAUUUAUAUUAUAAAACAAUUUCUGAAUGUGAGGGGAACUGACUUCAUUCACUAAAAUGACUGUGACACCAGUUGGUUAAAAGUAAUUGCAAAAAAUGGCUUAGAAAAGUAAAGUUAGUUUUGAGAAAAGGUUUAACAUGAUUUGUUUGUAGAUGUCAUUUGGUUUUAUACUUUCCCUGUAAUGCAAUGACAUUCUGACCUUUUUCAGUUUCAUAAAGUGUCCAAAUACUUUUGGGGCCACUGAACACACAUCAAUUUGAUCAUGUCUGACUUGUCCUGCAUUUCAUUUAAUGGUAAUUUAUAUAAAUGUUUGUCUUUAAUGUUUCUAGAGUCAUUUUUACCCAACAUUAAAACAAAGUUGUGUUAUAGCUCCUCUACAAGGUAAAACAAGUUCCCACUUUCAUCCACAAUACUGCAUGUACAGUAGAAUGUGUGUUGUGAGUCUCUAGUAGCAGAUAAAACAACAUAAGUUCACUGUUUUAUCAUCGGGCUGUUUGAAUCGUUUGCUGACAAGCAGAUGAAUCUCGCAGGUGCAGUUGAGGAGCACAUCAUCAUAAAUCUGAACAAAAUUCAUCAACCCAGAUUUACUUUUUGGCUGUAUGGCGACAUUCCUAAGUUAAAGCAUUUUAAGAGUAGGUCUACAAGAUGUAUGCAGACAAUAACGUAAAUGGCCAAGCUCUUAUGUUUUUUAAAGGGUAGGACAGACUUGUUUUUAUGGGGUAGCUGGUUGACAUCCACAGGGAUUGAUAAGGACAGGGGUGUGUGCGAUUUGGUGCUCGGUGACUUAGUAGCUGCAACUAAUAUUUAUUAUUCCAAUCUAGAACCGUUACUGAAAGCAUAGAACCGGAUUAAGGAGAAAAAGACUUGAAUACGCUUUUGUACUCUUUGUAAUCUGAAUAUUUUAGGAGAACCCGUUUCUCAAAGUGAUGAAACUGAAGUAUUAUAUUUCCCAGUAGGGCUUAAUCCUAUAAGUCCAAUAUUUUGCUGAAACAACAUUCUACUGAAUGUGCUUUUGUACUCCAUGACUGUUAUUGCUUUUAUACUGAUUUCUUUGCUGUUGCAGGCCUUUGUACUUUUGAGAACAUUUUGAAAAGAGAGCCUGCACUUGAGUCCUGCUGCUUCUGUAUGUUUAAUCCCAUAUUAAAGUUUACACAAUGCUUCA